GGUUGAUAACCUUAGGUGUUGUUUUAUAAAAGCCUGAGGUCAAAGCUAAUCAUUGUUCUUCACACAUUCAGGGCUGCAAUUUGUGUUUGAUCUGAAAAACAAAAUGAAGACCUUUAUUUUCUUGACUCUCUUCUGUCUUGCAUUGGCCCAAACGCCUCCAGAGAUCACCGAAUCUUUCUUGGCCAGGUUCAGGUUUCAGUAUAAUUCUACAAGUGCCAAAAUGACUGUUGAUGGAGAAGGAACUUGGGUCAGAAGUGGGGAUGUAAAUGCUGAGGAGAUGGAAUUAGAUGUAAAAGUUAACAUUGAAGGAGACAAUGUGACCCAUCACGUCCGCUCCGUUAAUCUUACUCUUUACGGUGCCCGUGACUCUGAAGAAUAUUAUGUCAUUGAGGUCGAUGGGAAGAAGGGACAAUGUUUAGAUGCUUUGCUUGCUUGGCCUCACGAAUUGCCUCAUAUAUGGGACUGGUUGAAAGUGGCUAAGAAUAAUGGCACCAGAAAGAUUGGUAUUUACGAGCUUCAAGUCUGGAUUGCAGCAGAUACUGGAAAUUAUCUAGCAGUUUACUUAGAAAAGGACAACACUCCUUACAUAUUGGAGAUUAUUCAAGGUGGCAACUUUACUCGGUUCACCUUUAUGGAUUUCCGUCAAGAGCAACCUCAUGAUAAUCAUUCAUUCCGUGUACCUGACGAAUGUAGGGGUGAAGUUAUCGCUGAUGGACAGACUGACAAGAUUCCAAGUAUCUUCAGCGAGUGGUUUCAAUUUGUCUUCUGGAAAUGAGUGAAAGCGUAAAGUGUUGUGUCGUAAUAACUUUGCAGCAGCUAAUAUAGCUGUUGUUGCACACUGAAACUGAAUUUGUGUGUCCCUUGUCAGUUUGUUAUUUCUUUAUCGCUGCUCUUGUUAUGUAAACUUUUUCAAACUUAGCUUUCACAUUUAA